CUCCGAGGGCCGGGUCUUUUCUGGAGUCUUUCGGUUUCAUGACGGGACGCCCGCUGAUGCUCAUCGCGCGCUGCCAUUCGUCUUUCGCUCUGAACACUUCAUUUCCCCCUCUUUUGUCGGUCCCUCCUUUUGCUGCCUGCGUUGGCUGACUGUGUUCGCUCCUUACAUCUCACUUCUGCCGCUACCCCCCUCUCUCUCUGCGUCGGUUUCUGCCUCGCGUUCAGCUUCCCCCACUUUGGCGAUAUUUCUGUGCUACACCCCGCCGUUAUCAUGUCUAGACCAGCCGGCUCCUUUUCGGCCCCUCCCCAAGUCCACACCUUUGACGGCCUGCUUUCCGAUUUCGACGGCACCAUCGUCGACUCGACUGAUGCCAUCGUGAAACACUGGCACAAAAUCGGCGCCGAGUUGGGCGUUGAUCCCGAAACGAUCCUGGCCACCUCCCAUGGCCGCCGAAGCAUUGACACGCUUCAGCUGUACGACCCGAAGAAGGCCAAUUGGGAGUAUGUCAGCUACAUCGAGGGUCGCAUUCCCAAGGAAUUCGGUUCGGACGCCGUCGAGAUCCCUGGGGCUCGGUAUUUCAUGUCAGCGUUGGACGACGCCGGUGCUCGCUGGGGUGUGGUGACUUCGGGGACGCGCGCGCUGGUGGACGGCUGGCUGGGCGUGUUGAACCUCGCCCACCCCAAGGUCUUGGUGGUGGCCGAGGACGUCGAGCUGGGUAAGCCAGACCCCGGGUGCUAUCUGCUGGGUCGGACGCGCCUGGGUCUGGAGCAUUCCUCGUCUCUGGUAGUUCUGGAGGAUGCGCCGUCGGGCAUCAGGGCGGGCAAGGCGGCCGGGUUCAAGGUCAUUGCGCUGACGACCACCCACUCGCUUGCCCAGCUCCAGGAAGCCGGAGCGGACUGGAUCGUGGAAGAUUUGCGAAGCAUCAGCAUCAAGAGUGUGGUGGAUGGUCAGAUCCAGCUGGAAAUCCGCAACGCCUUCCAAUAGAGGGUCUACACGAGGGAGGUUUCUGGAAACCGACGAAAGCUUGGAUCCAAUCGAUGCGGGCAGUUUGCUUUCCAUCUCUUGAUUUAUCUUCCAUUUCUUGCUUUCUUUUACAUUGCCGUUGCCCAUCACACUUCAUUUCUAGAUGGCCUGAUUUAUUAUUGUGUGCGGGUCACAGUAGUGAGAUCAUGGUUCACGACUUUUAGAUAGACAGACAUAAACCAAUUGUACAUAGACAGAUACCUACCCACCCUACCCUAGCUUAUCUUACCUUACCUCUUAGAUAAAUUAAUUAGCG